AUGCGUCCCAAGCUCCCCUUCAAGAAGCCUCGGAGUCGUGCGAAAGACGGGCCGGCGUUUGUAUUCGUGGAUCAUGCCGACAGCCUUUCGCUGGCGUCUAGCGAUAAGGAUGCCAGGGCUUUGAUCCGGCGGCAAGCAGCGCGCUCAGGAUGCAAGCGUCGUCGGGACGAGUAUGCGAGUCAGGAGCAUAUCGAUCCUCUGCGAGGGCUUGACGCGGUUGCUACAACACACAGCGAAACCUCAGACGAAAGCGACGACACGUGGAGCCGGGGUAUACUGUGUGAGGUGUCGAACCCCAGCCCUCGGCCUCAGCCCUCGUACAAUGGAUACGAUACCCUGCGGGUGAAGUAUAAUUUCGACAUCACCGAUCUCACCAGUUUCACCGACGUAGACCUGGGCCGAAUAGCUUAUCUGUCGCUGCGAGAUCAGCCCACUCGCCUCGUUAGUCUCCUGCAGAAGCGAUCGUCUUCGUUCCUGGCUUUCCUGCCCAGUCGAUACGGCUCUAGGGCUUAUCUGGAUGAUGCUAUGCAUUGUGUUGCUGCAAGGGCUGGCCAGAUGCUCGGCUUUCCGGUUAGGGCUUCGACUCUCUCCAUGCUCUACGUCAAGGCCCUGCGCAGUUUACAACAUGCUAUCCUGGAUCGAACAGAAUGUCUAGGGCCCGAUGUGUACUGCGCGACACGUUUGCUAGCCCUCUACGAGUUGCUUGGCUUGCCAGACGCAAACCACUGGGUCCAUCACAAUCGCGGUGGACUUAAGCUUGUUGAGGUCAGGGGCCCGGAGAAUCAUACAACCAGAUUUGACAGGAUGCUCAUCAAAAGUCAAGGGCCAUCUAUUGUAAUCGACGGCAUGUAUCGAAAAGAAGCGUCAAUGUUCGAAGCCCCAGAAUGGCAGAAGUUCUUUAAACACGCAUCCACCGCGGAAACAGAUACAGAUUUGAGUCUCUGGUGGGAGCUCUUCGGGGCCAUCAGUUUCAUGCCGGGUAUUCUCAAGGACAUGAGGCUUCUCUUCAAAGAUUUCUCAUCUACCCCCGAAUACAAAAAAAGAGCCACAGAGAUUCUUGAACGAACAAGGAAUAUGCACUGCGCUUUACAUGAAGGCCAUACGUGCUAUCACCGCCGUCUCCCACAUCUACCGUCCCUCUUCGACCUCCCCGUCUCCGCCGAGUCUUCGGAUCGCGUGCGACUCCGCGGGUUCUUCCUCUAUGUCAUCAUGUAUAUCAGCCGUGUUCUGGCGACGCUUUCUCCCGACGAAGCUGAGCGGGCGGCCAGCGAAUUCGAGGCUCAAGCAUUUGCCACGCGGACUUUACUCAUCGAAGAGAUGAGUGCGAAGCUUGAUCCGGCUAUGACUUGGCAUCUUGAGCAGCGAAAUGCCCUGCCUUAUUCGAUUCUGCGAACGGGGGAUGAGUGGCUGUCAGAUGGAGAUCCUCGAAUGUCUUGGGAAGAGCUGAAAGCUUUUCUGCAGCAGCGGUGGCUGAGAUGGGAGGAUUCGUGGAGAGACGGAGUCCUGGCAGCAGAGUUGACUGUGAGCGAGGUCUUUGAUUAA